GACCACUUAUUUGUUUACGAUCGUUGUAUCGGUCAUUAAUAUUCAUGUAUAAAUAAUUAAUUGUUGCAUAUUUGGAUACUAAUUAAUAGGAAAUUCUUCGCAUUAUCGAUUAAACGUAUCAAAUCGCAACACCUCAAGAUGGCAAAAGGACUUGCAGAAUACAUUACUAGUUACUUUCGAAAAACACCACAAGUUCGACAGUCUUCAAGACAAUCAAUAGAACUUAACGUAGUAGAUGCCAACGGGGUACCCUUGACUCCUCCAAGGGCCAAUCAAAUUUUGCAUGAGAUUGAGACUGGAGUAUAUAUGUGUCCCUUCUGCCACAAUAAUUUUAGAGCUGACAUAGCGGAGAUCUGGCACUGUCAUCGCUGCUAUUACGCCUAUCAUCCUGGCUGUGUUAUUCCCUGGGCCAUGAGAUCGGCCCAAUCACGAAAUAACUGCUGGAAUUGUCCCACAUGCAUGCUUGAACAUAGCAGCCUCCCGCUUCCGUCUUGCUGGUGUAGAAAACAUAAUUCCAAAACUAUGAGGAUUCACGCAGGUAGCUGUGGUCAAUCUUGUUCACAAAAAAAGCGUUGUGGUACUCGUCUCAACUGCCCCACGUAUAUAUGCUCAGCAAUAUGUCAUCCUGGACCAUGCGUCAAAAAUGAAUGCACAGAUAACUGCGGACAGGAGAUUCCUCAAGACCUUGCAAGUCCACACCGAACAGCUUUAGACGACAGAUCAAAUGACAUUCGGGAACAAUUUCUUGAUUCAAUUGGCUUUCCCUUAAAAAAUCUUUGGUCUCUCAUACUUUUCGCCUUAGUUUUUGGUUCUUUUGAAAUUUUCUGGGCCGUAAAUCGUGUUCGGCGAUUUACAAAACCGCUCGAAAAUCAAAAAUUCACGGAAGGGAACCUGCGUACGCAAGAGCAAAGUUUCUGUUUCGUAGCUGCUGCUGCUCUCUUUCCGAUUAAAUUUUCUCUCUGGGGCACAGCUUUGCGCGGCAUUAAUCGGUGUUUGAGGAUCUGUCUAGGUUUCAGUGCAUCGAGACAAUUGCCGACACCUUCUUAUAUCUCAUGGAGAAAGACGAAAGUCAUCACUGCCAAGGUGGUUUUUACUAUCUUGGGUGCUAUAUUCAUUAUUUUUGUCUUUUGUGUUCCAGCGGUAUUAUUCUUUGGACCAGGCCGCUACUGGAUGGUUCAAACGAGUGGCACAUGCGAUAGCUUCGACACACGUGUCAAACUCUCUGACCCAUCUGUCGAUUACUUCGGCCUUCAUAACAGAACAACAAAAGACACAAGAUUUCCCCUUGACUAUUUUUACACUCAAACGCCUGGUACAUACCGUUAUGCCUCCUGGAAAGAUUAUGAAUCAUACAAAUCUGGUACUGAUCUCUUCAAUAUCACCAGAAUAAACAAUACAAUUCUACACAACCAAAAAUCAUCAAGCAGUGAACCAUUCGAUCAAUUCUGGCGCAUCAUGGGGAAAUUCGGCGACAAACCCAUACAUAAGGAUUUUGAUCUCUUGCAUCGCUCUUGGCGUCUGAAAGAAGGAAUCAUAGUAAUCGACUCUGAAGAUCCCAGUUCUUCUUUCUACAAAGGAGGAGCUUUAUUUGACCGCCUCAAGCCAGGAGAAAUCUAUGACUCAAACAAAACCGCCCAUCUAAUUCCCAAUUUCGAGAUCGCAAUUCAAAAUCUUCGGGAUGUACGCAAUGGAACAUGGACAGCUACCGAUUCUGAGAACAUGGAGCUUGUACUUCCCGAGUUGGAUUUACAUAUUCCCUUGUGGGGACUCUUCGAGAAACAUUGUGUAUAUCAAAGUCUCAUGAGGGUUUUCCGAAAGCCAACUGAGGAUAGUCGGAAAACUUGGAGUACUUGGAGCAGAGUUAGUAAUAGGGAGGAAGUCAUGAGAACUGCGAGUUUUGGGUAUGGAGGAAAUGAUGGACUGGAAGUUUGUGUGAGGAGGAGAGAAUAUGAGUGGACUACUGAUGGGGUUACAGUGAUGGAACCAGGGUUGGGAGAGGAUCUUCUGGUGCCGUUGGGGUUGAUGGCUGUGGUAAGGAGGAGUAUGAGAGUGGAACAGAAGAAGGUAACGGAUGCGUGUCAUUGGCCGGAGCUAUGAGAAGUUUGGAUGCUUUUGGUGUUUUUGGUGAUUAUUCUUGAUGUGUGUUUGGGUGAGCAAAAAACUGAUUGAGAUACAUCGGCUAAGAGGCUACAGAGUUCUGAUUUUCAUGGUCGCUUGUGUGACAAAGCGAAUAUAUCUCAUAAUGAGUUAGCG